CCACCACAGCCAGAUGGUGAAACUCCAUCCCCUGAGAGACUGCCACCCCCCACUGGGGCCUGAUGGGCAGCACAGCCAGCCAAUCCUAAGGCUCAGAGGGUAGGUCUGCUGGUUGACCACUAGGUGAGGGAGCCCAAGCCUCUAAAGAGGCCCUGCUCAGUUGUCAGUCAGGAGCUGUGGGGUCGGACCUAGCUAGCUACCCAUCAGGUGAUCUGCCUUCAGUCUUCCCGAAUCCCAGGCUCUCGAGGACAAGCAGCCUGCCCUUUGCCAAGGAUAGCUGUGGCCCUGCCUGCCUGCUGCUGCUGCUGCUGCUGCUGCUGCUGCAUCCUCUUUGGCUCCCACGAAAUCAGACUCAUUGAACUGCCAUCCACUUGAGAUUCUCAACUCAGGGCCAUCUACCUGGAGCAUGGGGCUUUCAAAUGUCCAGCUCUGGCCAGUGCUACUGUGGGCAUUGGUGUGGGUGCAGAGCACAAGAGCUGCAUGCCCGUCCUGCGGGGGCCCAACCCUGGCACCGCAAAAAGAGCGUUCUCUGGUCCUAGAACUAGCCAAGAAGCAGAUCCUGGAGGGGCUGCACCUAACCAGCCCUCCCAGAAUACCUCGCCCUCUGCCCCAGGCAGUGCUGACCAGGGCCCUGCGGAGGCUGCAGCCGAGGAGCAGGGCUCCUGGCAAACAGGAGGAAGUCAUCAGCUUUGCUACCACCGUAGACAAAUCCACUUCGACCUACCGGUCCAUGCUCACCUUCCAGCUGUCCCCUCUUCGGUCCCACCACCUCUACCAUGCCCGCCUCUGGCUGCACGUGCCGGCCUCUUUUCCCGGCACUCUGUACCUGAGGAUCUUCCGUUGUGGCACCAGUAGGUGCCGAGGAUCCCGCACCUUCCUAGCUGAGCACCGAAGGACUUCCUCUGGCUGGCACGCCCUGACUCUGCCCUCUAGUGGCUUGCGGGCUGAGGGAUCUGGGGUCGUGAAACUCCAGCUCAACUACAGACCCCUGGAGCUCCGCAGCACUGUUGCUGGCCUGCCGAGGCGGCUUGUGGACACAGAUGGACAGCAGCGUCCUUUCUUGGAACUUAAGAUCCGAGCUAAAGAACCCGGAGCAGGCCGGGCCAGAAGGAGGAUUCCCAGCUGUGAGGCCGAGACGCCCUUAUGCUGCAGGCGAGAUCACUACGUAGACUUCCAGGAGCUGGGGUGGCGAGACUGGAUCCUGCAGCCCGAGGGAUACCAGCUGAAUUACUGCAGCGGGCAGUGCCCGCCCCACCUGGCCGGCAGCCCUGGCAUUGCUGCUUCCUUCCAUGCUGCUGUCUUCAGCCUCCUCAAAGCCAACAACCCUUGGCCUGCGGGCUCCUCCUGCUGCGUCCCCACGGCCCGAAGACCUCUCUCACUCCUCUACCUUGACCCUAACGGCAACGUGGUCAAGACCGACGUGCCAGACAUGGUAGUAGAGGCCUGUGGCUGCAGCUAGCAAGAGGCCCUGAAGGUUCUGAGGGAAGUGCAAGGUUCAAGUUCAGGGUUCCCGAGCAAAGGAUUGGAAGCUCGUCUGGAAGCAUGAGGCUUCCUGACCCGUGCUGACCCCCAACAGGCUAUCUGGCAGCAGGACUGCGUUCGACCCCUGUGGAACUCAAAUGGGCAUUUUCUUGUUCCAGAUUCUGGCCUAUUUUAGGCUGUUUCAAAUGUGGACAGAUGAGUAAAGUGUUUCCUUUCAAGGGGACCGCCUGGCCAGCACCAUUUCCUAUAGCAAGCCCUGUUCCAGGACAGUAAGGGAAUGGGGUGGGAGGGAAGGGAGAAGGCAGGGGGAAAUUAGUCUCUCCCAAAAGAGAACAAAGCUCCUCGAGUAUGAAUGAAGUAGAGGAUCCGGCAUAUUGGGAAAAGGCAAACAUACAGGCUAAGAACAGGAACUCUUGCCUGCUUGGAACAAGGUCAAGAGGAAGAUGAGCAAGGUGCUCAGGGGAAGGGAGUGUUAGGAGGCCAUGGAAUUGGGAGUUGGUAAAAAGGGAUGCUGAGCCAUGGAACUCUAGCUUUUCCUUGGGGACAAGACCCACGUAAAGACAUACAUUUAUACUUUCUUAAUAAAAAUGAGAAGGAAAGCAACAGUGAGUCAUGGUAAGGGGCUGGUAUAAUGGGCCAUAGGCAAAGUGUAUCCUGGGGACCUCUGGCAAGUCCCUGAAUUCCUCAGAGGCAUUCAACACUAUUUUCAUAAUAAUACAAGGAUGUUAUUUGUCAUUUGUUAUUAUACCUACAUCGUAGAGUGGGAACAGGGUGUGAUGGUUUACUCUUACAGCUACAGCACUUAGGAGGCUGAGACAGGAGGAUUGAGGCCAGCCUUCAUAGGACAGCCUGAGCUACAGAGCUCCUGUCUCAAAGCAAACAAAAAAUGUACCAUGAGUCUUUCCAGAACAUGUAGUGGGGUACAUCUGGUGACAAUUGUUGCCGCUAGAGCGGGAGCUGCUUUAUUCUUUUCCUUCCUCUCCUUUAAGAUGGUUUGUUUUUUAUGUGUGUAAGUCUUUUGCCUGCCUGUAAGUGCAGCAGUGCCUGUGGCGGUCAGGAGAGGGCGCUAGAUCCCUGCAACUGAAAUGACAGUUGUGCGUGAGGUCUGCGGAACAGAAUCCAGGUCCUCAGGAGAAACAAGCUUUCCUCAUCUCUCCACCUACCACACACACACGAUUUGUUUUGUUUUGUUUUGUUUGGAAACAGAUCAGGGUAGCCUGGAACUCUCAGUCCCCCUCCUCAGCUCUCCAAUGCUGGAAUUAAAGGCAUAAACCAUCA